GAUGAUCCUCAUUUGCAAUGGGUAGAGUACAAGAAUUAUGGUGUUAUACCUGGAGCACCGGAAAGGUUGAUACUUUCCACAAUGGUUGCGGGACACGGUGAAUUGAUAUUAUUCGGAGGUGUACAUAAAGAGACGCUUGGUGAGAUAACGCAUCAAGUUUCAAACUCGGUCCAUUUCCUAAGCGCACCGCGCGAAAUAAUUUAAGUUGUUAUUUUAAAAGGUAAAUAUGGUAUAUUUAUAAAAUAAAGCUUACUAUCUACAUAUAUACGUACAUUUAUGCGAAAUAACUCGUUGGUAUGUUUAGAAUAUUAUAAUAAAUAAGUGUGUAUGGUCUUAUUAUUUAUAUUUAAUAUAUUGACUUAUUGUUCAUUCAUUGUCAAACUUUAAAUUGAAUGUCUUCUUUGAACUCCUCUUCAUUUCUUCUAUAUGCCAUUUUGAAAAGUGUUACUCUGAAAAGCAUUAAUUAAUAAAAGUUAAAAAUUGUUUUAUUCUCUUCUAACUGUGUUAAGAGUUAAAAGAUUAAAAGAAAUUAUAACUAAAUUAAAUAUUAGGCUAAGCACAAAAAAUGCUGCCAGAAAAAUCACUAAAGCUAAUAUUUCAAUAAAAAUAUAGACACAAAAUAAAAACUUGUAAAUAUAUAUGUACACAUAAAUAUAUAAUUAAAAAUAUCGAUUUUUAAAUAAACUGCAAAGGCCGAUUCAACAUUUCCUUUCGCCUGCCGGCGCACACGAGCAUGUGUUAAACUAAUUGAAGUAAUAUAAAACCUGAAAAUGAAAUGGCUUCAUCACUGGCAUGAAUAUAUAUGUGGAACAUAAUAUAUGUUUUAUUUUUCUAUAAAUACAACUAAUAAAAGUAAUUUGAAUUCAUAACAAUUUUAUAAAUACUUUUAAUUACUGAGCAAUACUAGUUAAAACGCAACUGUCAAAAUUAGGUUUACAACGGAACGGCUCCGGAUAUUAAUAUAUAUAAAUUUAAAAAAUUGUUCAGUAUGCUAAGGAUUAGGUGGUCUACUACUUGCUAUAACAGAUACUUAAGUUAAAAUUAAGUUAUUCUAAAGUUAAAAAUUUCCUAGGUUAUGUUUAAGUUACGUAUUGAAGUUUGCAAACUUUUAUUUACAAACUGUAGGCAACACUGUUUCGCAUAUGUCAAAUUGAAAAUACACUAGAAUCUCGUUCCUUGCCAAACAAUUUUGAAACAUUCUUUAAAAAAUAAUCACGAAUUUAUUAGCAUAUAAAUUAAUUUUGAAAGUUGCAAUAGAAUGAAAACUCCGCCGCAACGUAGAAGAGGGCAAAAUGAUAUUCAACAAGCGAGGGGACGUUUUAGAAAUGUGCUAAACGACACAUUGGCCGGUUCAGAUGAUGAUGGAAAUGCUAGUGAGGAAGAUUUACCGCAACGUGGACGUCCGCCAAAGCACUUAGCUAAUACUAUCGAAAGGGAAGUCCAGUCACCACGUAGCUCUCGACAUAGCAGCUUGUCACCAGGAAAAUACAUAACACCAACAAAGCGCAGAAAGCGUGAAGAGCAAACUGAGAAUGAUAAGUCAUCAUCAUCAUCAGCACAACCAACACAAAAAAUACAAGCAGAGAGUUUUGUUAUGAAACUAUUUGAUCGCAGUCUUGAUCUUUCAAAGUAUACGGAACAAACAGCAUUAUAUCCCAUAUGUCGUGCUUGGAUGGCGAAUCAACCACGUAAUCCAAAUAUACGCAGUUAUCGUGAUAGGCGAUCACCAUCGCCAGUUGAAAGAAAAAGUAAUGCUGCUGAGUUACUUGAACAGUUAAAAAGAGGUGAGAUUCGGAAUGUGAAGUCAAUGCCAGCACCCCAACGAACUGAUCUGCCAAAAAUACCCAUACUGAGUCGCGAUGUUUCAAGUACAAAAGAAAUCGACGAAGUAGUUUUAGGAAGUAAUAAUUUGAACAAAAAUGAACUUCUGGAAGAUCAUCUGAUUAAGUGGAAGACACUCAAAUCUAGUUGGCUUAAACAGAAAUGUAGUUACCAGAAACGUUAUGAACUCAACCAUUUGAUCUUAAAACAGCUUUUCAAGCCCUAAAUACUAUAUAAUUAGAAUUUUAUAUACUAUAUUAAAUGUGUAUAUGUUUUAACAAUAGCAUGUAAAUAUGAAUAUGAAUUUAAUAAUAUUUGACAUUUAUGAAUUUAGUGAUGCUUUUUGGUUAACAAACAGUUAUCCA